ACGUGGACUUAUGUAAAAAAAAUAUUACCAUUAGAUAACGUGGAGAAAAAUGUCUAUGUAACUCGUUGCUUUUCUGUAUGUUGGACGUGGAAAAUGACUGAUCUGGCAAGACAAGCGUUUAAUACUAACAAUUUUCAUUUGGCUGUGGAAAUAUUUGAGCGUACAAUAUCGGAAAAUGGACCGUCAGUUGAUUUAUAUUUGGGUUUAGCUGAUAGCUUUGCCAAGACAGGACAAUUUAACAAGGCAUUUGAAACAUACUCUAGUGCUUCUCGUUUAGGAUCUAUAUCGCCUGAAAAGUUAAAACAUUUGGUGACUAGUUUAGUGAACUGUGUAAAAGGCGAAAAAACUUCAGAGCAGAUGUUCAAACAAUCACAGUGCUUGUUCACAUGUUUAAUAUGUAGGGGCCUGCUUAAGGAACCAGUGACAAUUCCCUGUGGACAUACUUAUUGUAGGAGUUGUCUAGAAAAGGGCCAGUCCAAAUCAUGUAAAAACUGUGGUGUAGUACAUUAUUAUUUGAAUGUGUCACGUUUAAAAACCAAUUUCUUGAUAUCGCGGGUUGUUCAACAAUGGUUUCCCUCCGAAUGUAGGGCCGCCGAUUUAAAAUCAAAAGGAAACAAUUUCAUGGAAAGACAUAAGUUUGAAAGUGCAAUAGUUUCAUAUUCUGAGGCCCUUGAAUUGGCACCAACAGAUCAUUUAUCCCUCAGCAACAGAUCACAUGCCUACGCAUUGUUAGAAAAUUAUAAAGCUGCUCUUGAAGAUGCAGAAAAAGUUAUUCAGAUACGUCCUGACUGGCCAAAGGCAUACUUUAGAAAAGGACGUGCCCUGUUUGGACUAGAUCAGUAUGAAGAUGCUGUUGUUGCAUUAUUACAAUGUCUUGCCCUGGAUCCCUCCAUAGCUAGUGCUAAAGAUUAUCUAUCUAAGGCAUUACAUAAAAUAAUCACCCCACUUCCUCCUGAUGAUCCAAAGGCAGCAGCCCUACACCAACAGAUGCAUCCAUCAGUACUGCAGCAACUUAUUAUGUCAAACUUCCAAACCACUCAGCUUCAUCCAUGUGUUACCAUGGAACAUGUUAUGCAGUUAAAAAAUAUUAUAAAUGACACCUUAGAAGCUGCAACAAAUUUUGAGGAGUCAUCGAACAUGGACCAGAAGCCAAACCAAGGGAGGGUGGAAAAGAUUUAUUAUAGAAACAGUCAACAUGAAGCUAUGGAACAAGGGAAUGAAAGAACAAAAUGUGCAUCAGCCCCAAAUUCUAGAUCAACCUCUCCUACUUUGUCAACAAAGGCUGCAAGAUUCAGGGAUGAUUUAAGUAUCAGUUUGAAGAGAUCCAGAAAUCCAAGUGGUUCAUGUCCAACAAGUCCAUCUCGAGAACCUCCAGCUAAAAUGUUUGAUAUGGCUGGUUCUAGUGAACGUGAUUCCUUGAAAGAUGAAAAUGAAAGAAAAAUUCCAGGAGAUUUAUUGAACCGUGAUGAUUUUGACUGUAGCUUGUGCUAUCGCUUGUUGUACGAUCCAGUCACCACACCAUGUGGUCAUGUAUUCUGCCGUAGAUGUUUAGAUAGAUGUCUGGACCAUCAGAGUUCGUGUCCAUUGUGUAAAAGCUCGUUAGCCGAGUACCUGGCAGAGAGAAGACAGUCUGUUACGGAAUCUGUUCAGGGGAUCUUACGGACAUACUUCAGUGAUGACUAUGAAGAAAGAAAGAAAAUCCAUGAAGAAGAAUUGGUAGAGUUUACCAGAAUGUCAGUUGAGGGAACAGCAGAGAUCCCUGUAUUUGUAUGUACCCAAGCAUUCCCAGGAAUUGCCUGUCCCCUACAUAUCUUUGAACCAAGAUAUCGACUGAUGAUUCGACAAUGUAUGGAGUCUGGAAUGAGACAGUUUGGAAUGGUAGUUAGUCUCACUGAUGACGAUGAUAAUUUUUCUGACUUUGGUACUAUGCUGGAGAUUCGUGAUGUUCAAUUUUUCCCAGAUGGAAGAUCUAUAGUGGAUACUAUUGGUGGGCGUAGAUUUAAAGUAUCUAGUCGAGGAAAGAGAGAUGGAUACAAUACUGCCAAAGUCGAGUUUAUCUUUGAUAAAAUGCCUCCACAAGAGAAGUUCAAAGAAAUCAAAGAAGUACAAAAUGAUGUUUACAAUUUUGCCAAGAUUUGGUUUGAUGCCUUACCUGGCCUUCAGAGAGAACAAAUUCACAAACACUGUGGACAGUUUCCUGCCCUGGAUGAAGAUUUCACACAGUAUCCAAAUGGUCCACAAUGGUUGUGGUGGUUAGUGUCAGUUCUGCCUUUAAAUCCACAAAUUCAGUUAUCACUUUUAGCUAUGGUACAGCUAAAAGAGCGACUUGAGGGUGUGAAAAAAGUUAUACAUUACAUGAGUUCCCGUAGACGAAGUCAAUGACUAAGACACAUGUUUACAAGAUACUCAGGUUUAUACGUUACAUUUUCCAUAGUCGGAAUUUGUAUUUUAAUGCAAUAUAUUUAUUCUUGAUAAGAAAAUGUUUAUAGAUAAUAACAUGUAUAUAAAUGUAAAUAUUCAUAAUGUUUUAUUUGUUCUUUUAACAACAUAUAUUUUUGCUUAUACAAUGGUCCUAACGUGAGAUUAAGAUUGAUGUUGCACACGUCUUAUGUAAAUGUAUCAAGAUAAUAUAAUGUUCUUAUACAUGUUUCAGUAAAUUGUAGCUGGUUAAACUUAAAUUGUUUGAUCAGGUUCUUAACAAUUUAUUUCAUUGAAUGAUAGGUAUUAGAUUUGUGCAACACCACUUUUAUUUCAGCACAAUGCUAAAAAGAUGUCAAACAUGUAUAGUUUUGUAGUUACCAGGAAAAUGAACACAUCCUAAAAAUUUGUACAUUUGUAGUAUAUCAUGAAAGUUGAUGUCCAUCUCUAUUUUUUUUAAUCAAAGGCUUAUCAGAAACAUGAGUAGUUCAACAUAUAGGGAGAGUAUUUUUUUCAGUGUUAAAAACCACUUUAUAUAUUCUAUAUUAGAGAAUAUUUCAUUUAUUUUUUGUUAGUUAACAGGCAUUUUUUUCCAUGCCUUAUAGAAGAAUAUACAUAAGCUUACAUAUAUAUAAAUGAUCUGUUAAAGGUAAAAAAUUGAUAUGCUGAAUGUACAAUUGCUCAUAGGAUAUAUAACCUUGUAAAUUUAUCAAUUAAUAUAUUUAUAAGUAUGGUAUCUAAUCCUUUGUAAUCCAAUUUAUUUACUACUGUGGACUUUCAUACCUGUAUUCACAAACAUAUUUAUGCCAGUUGAUUCCAACUUAUAUUCUUUCCCGUUCCUGUCAAUAUUCACAAUCCUCUUAAUGUCCAGAGCAUCUUUAGAAAAUACAAAUUUAUAUGUAAUUACAAAAUUUGGUUUUAAUUAUGAUUAUGAUUAUUUAUAGUUUGUGAAUAUUUACAUUUAUAAAGGAAGCAUUCUUAAGAAUUCAUUUUUAGCCUAAGUAGAUGUUACGUAAAAAUGAAAAAAGGAAAGAAAACAUUUUAUUCCUCAAAUUUAAGGAAACAAAAAAUUAUGAAAUUCAUCCCCAUCCAUUCUCCCUAUGCAACUGAAACAUACAAUACUUCUCAGGUAUUUAGAUGACAAGUACACUCUCCUAUUGUCAGAGCUGAAGUUCUGAUAUUUCAAACAUCUUCCUAUGAGGAGAGUUGACAGUACCUCAUAGUGUCUAUGUUCAUUUAAUAAUUUUGUAACUCUAUGUGUUAAUAUUCAAUGAUCCAGCAUUUACAUCUUCUUGCCAUAAAUGUCCCUAUUUAUAAGAUUUAUGCUUUCAAGUCAUGGUAGAUUACUUUAAAUGUAUAAGAAUUGCAGUGUAUAUAAAAGAUUGUCUACUAAUUGAUAAAUUAUUGAAGUUAUUUUUGUCAUCAAUUGCUUUUUUCAAGAUACACAAAAUUAUUGUGUUUUACAGAAAUAAAGAUAUAUCCACAUAAGAAAUUUUGAAUUAAAUCGUAGAGAUAAACUUUCAAAUAUAUAUCAAAACAGAAAAUUUGUUUUGAAAAGAGAAUAAGAGUCCCUGAAAUUUAUGAAAAAAAAUAGCAAAAUUCAUACCUUUUAUACUUUUAACUAUAGUCGAUUUAAGCCCGGGAAUGUCUGUAAUUCAACUUUAAUGUCCUAAACAUGUAGUAUUUAACAUAGUUUAUUACUUUUAAAAAAAUUUUAUUACCUUGUAUGGGAAUUUUACUAUAAUCUGUCAUUUAAGUGAAGGAAUGUUAUCUAUAAUUAACUUCGAUGUCAUAAACAAGUAGAAACUGACAUAGUUUUCAUAAUAUGGGAUUUUACGCACAGUUUUAUAAAAAUUGAAUAAGACAAAUAGCAUUACCCAAGAAUAUGUUUUCCUAACAUCAACAUUUUUGUAUUAAACAUUUUGUAUGAAGAUAUUGUUUUUGGUUUGAUCAUGGCUGGUAUCUAAAUGUUUAUGACAAGAACUCAAUUUAAGUGUAUUUUACAGUUUGUUUUCUCAUUUUUUUCCUAAAUGCAAGAAUUUUGAAGAUAUGAAAGAUGCAAUACACAAAUAUAAAUACAUAUAGAUAGAUGGACUAAUGUAUUGUGAAAAAGGCUGUUGUUUGAUAGAUUAAAUACUACUUUUUGAUUUUUGAAAGUAAGUUGCCAAAAAUUGAACACAUUUGUCUACAGGUAGAUGGUUUCAUGUUAGAUUUUCAAAUGUAAAAUCACUUUAAUUUAUUUCUUUUUAAAGACUUGUAAUUAUUACUUUCAUAUACAGAAGAAAGAAUAAAAAUGUGUAUAUAUGAAUCUUAAAAAUAAUUUUUAAGUAAAAUAAAUCACAAUUUAACAGACUGGAACUCAAUAUUUGCAUUGCAUUACUGACUUUUUAUUUGCAUUAAUUAUGUUGUUAAUAAGCUACAAAAAUGUGUAAAUUUUAGGCCUUAUUUAUUUGUUUGUACAGUUAAUGUAGAUAGAAUUUUAUGUAUUAUAUUUUCUAGCUUUGUUAAGUGUUUCAAUUGAAGAAUUUAGGAAAUAAUCAAAACUUUCAAAUGAAUAAAAAAUAUGGUAUAAAUGCUUAGGGUUGUUCCAUUAAAACAUACAUGGUACCCAAGGAAGGAACUUUAAAAAUAGGGUAACCAGAGGCAAAUUAAGAUUUCACUUACAUUUCCACUAUGCAAGAACAUAGGUGACACCCACCCAUAGUUAAGAUUUGGAAGUGCCUUCCCUGGGUCCCAUGUAUGAUUUCAUGGAACAGCCCUUAGCUAAUAUCCAAGUUAUAAUAAUUUAGAAAUGUAAACGGGUUAACUUAUGGCCAAUUUCCCCAUCUUACCAAUUGUGGGUUAAUGAAUUUCCUCUUGUUACAAAUAAGGUUAACGACAAUUUGUGUGGGAGUUAUCCAUUUGGAAAAUAAUGCCUUAUAAAUUGGUAUUACAUAUUUUUUUGAUAAGAUAAAUUAUGUAAUUUGAAUUUACUCCAGGAAAAGCUUAAAAUGUGUUUGCACUAGAAUCAAUGUCUUUCGUGAAAAAAUUUUGUAAUCUGUAUCUUUUGUUAGUUGUAUAGUCCCCUUAUUAAAUUUGGCCAGUUGAUCUGAUAAUCAGUGAGGGAUAUUCAAAUCCAAUUCAUAAAGAGAAACUUUUUUGUUUCUGUAAAUACAUUUUUUUUAAUCUGUUAUAUUGUACAUUAGCAUCCUUUUAUUGAAAAAGAUCAUGUAGAAUACAAAUGUUUUGACAAACACUGUAUUAAACAUACAUUUUAAACAGUAAAAUAUAUCUAUCAAAUGAUCUUAAUAUUAUUAUAUAAUUUGAUUCAGUAAGGUUUAAAGUCCAUAUCAGAAUAAAAAUAUGCAAUUUACAUCAUAAGAGUUUACACUGUGUUUGUGUGGAUGCUGUAAAAUGGAUAGUUGUCUUUCCUGUCCAGACCAAGAAAAGCAGCAUCUGAGUUUUUUACAACACAUUCUAUUGUAAAUAACCAUGUUGACAUUUUUAGUGUGAUUUUAAUAUAAUUUAUCAGUUAUUUGCAUUUAAAUGAUUUCUGUAGGGCUGACAUCAUCAAAUGUUGUACAUAAUAUAUAUUGCAAUAGUGAGCUAAUGCUUUAGUAUGGAGUUAGAAAUUGAAAUGAUUCAUUCUGAUUGAAAUUGAGCUUGAUAUUCGACCCAUUGGACACAUUUUAAAAGGAAUUAAGGCCCUUUAAAAAUUUCAUAAAAUUCUUGUUUUUUUCAAAAUUUAUUAGAAAAAGUUUUGUCUCCCCCAUAUCAAAGCAUUUACUUUGCCCUUUCUACACAUUGUUGAUAGACAUGUCUAAUUAAUUUUAUUAAGAAAAUGGAAGUAGAUGGCAUGUUUGAAGAAUCACAUCUAAGAUUAUAAUGGUUAAAGUUUAACUUUAUAAGAGUAAAGAUGAUGUUAGCCUUAAUGUUUCUAGAUUUGAAAUUUGGUAUUUAUAUAACAUCUACCUCAUAAUGUACAUAACUUCACAUAGUUUUUGAAAUUUCUAUGUAUUGUCAAGGAUGAUUAAUAAAAUAAAAUUUCAAUUAAAUAGA